AUGGACGAACUUCUCAAUAUUCCAGCAGCAGUGAAUUUUGAUGAGUCUAUAGCUCAUUAUGAAAUUCAUGCUCAUCAACCGUAUGCUUCUUCAUCUUUUAACAAUAGUGAUAAAAUUCGAAUCGCAGUACAACAUCAAGACUUGUGCAUUUUACCUAGUAAAAGUUCAUUACAUAUUUUUGGCAGAUUAGCUAAAAAUGAUGGAAUUACUCUUACGGAAAACGUGCAUUUAAGUAAUAAUGCUGUAUGUUUUUUGUUUGAUGAAAUUCGCUAUGAACUAAAUGAAAUUGAAAUAGAUCGAUGCAAAAACGUUAGAUAUACUACAAUUAUGAAAAAUUAUGUCUCGCAAACUCCUACACAGUUAAAUUUUAUUGAAAAUGCUGAGUAUUCAAGAAUGGCAGCUGAUGCAAGACUUGUAUUGGAAAAUGGCUAUUUUGAUGUCACUAUACCACUCAGCAUGAUUUUUGGUUUUGCCGAAGAUUAUAAAAAAUCGUUAUGA